AGUGGCUCCUGAAAGUUCUUCCCCACCCUCUGCCCCCAGCGAACCUAUGAGGGCUUUUCCCCAUUCUUUCUCAUGGUGUUUGUUCCUUAGAAGAAUGUAGUGAUUUGUCUAGAGUCUGGGUCUGAAUUUUGGUGAGCAGAAAACAGCUCAAAACUAGCCUACUAAGAAAUUGUUGGGACGGAGUAGGAGGCUGGUAUCAAUAAAUGCAGUAUAGAUCCAUUCCUUCCCUAUUCCCUCUCCCACUCCAAGAAUGCUUUAUUUUGAUCCUGGGUCGCUGUGGCUAUUCCUGAGGCCUUGGGACUGAUCCUUAGGUAGGUGGAGAUGAACUGGCUGCUGCUGAUCUGUGGGAGCGGGAAGUGGUUGUUAGGGUCUGUUAGAGGGAUUUGCAGAUAAUGCAGAAUCUUUAGAAGUCAUUUCACAAGACUUGGCACCCUCUAAUGUUUACCCUGUGGGGUGAAACCCCAGCCACUGAGUCUUGUGUACGAAAUUAGCAAGGAAAUCUGAGACCCAAGAAAGCACUGACUCCUGCCAUACUCCCAAUUUUACGUCUUUAUCAUUUUUCUUUCUUGGAUAUGCAUUUCUUCCAGCAAUUCCUAACUAUUUUUCGACUCUGGGUCAAGGCUGUUGAAGAUCAGGGUAUUGGCAUUGCAUGUGAUCUGCACUCUGGAAAGACGUAACUUUUCCUAUUAUUCCCUAUUUAUAGUUACUGUAAAUUAGUAACAUUUUAGGACUCUUUCACAUUGAACUUCUUGAACUUAUGUGGUUACUUUGAAGUGGGGUGGACGUGCCUUAGGGCCCACCCUCUAGUUCUUUAAUGAAGUGACCUUGGUUUGGCUUUUAAGCAAAAGAACCUUGUUUACCAGAACUCCAGAAAUAGACUCUCAUUCUGCAGGCAGGAGGUACAGAGGUGCAAACCUCCGGGAAAGGAGAUGCAUCGUCUUUAACGUAAGAGAGAAGUCUCACCUUCCAGACUCACCCCCAGCUCCCUGCCAGGAGUUACGAUUUUUCUGUUGUCCUUCUAACAAAUUCAGAAAGCCUACAUUUAAAGUGGACCACAUUUUUGAGCCACAAAGUAAAUGGGAACCAUUUAUGGGGCAAGCAGCAUACUGAGAACAAAAGUGCAGGGUGGGAAUAGUAUGCGGAGUGUGUAGUUGAAUGGUGGAGUGGCUGGAUGGGAGCAGGGAGAGAUGUUUUGUGGCCCAGGGUGAGAUGCUGAGUGGGGUGGAGCAGAGGAGAGCCCCUGCUUUCAGAAAAGCUAGGCGUUACAGAGCAGGACCCAGAAUUCUGCACUGAGGAUUCUCUUAAUUCAGUAGCUGGGAAGGCAGGCAGUGCUUCAGGUCUCUCCUUGGGCCCCUGAGGAUUCCUUUGAGAACAGGAAGGAAGUGCGAACACUGGUUUUUGUGUUAAUUUUUUGUUUAUGUGUUUAUCAUGGGCAUUAAGUAUUAGUGCAGCAGGAUAUGGAUGUAAUUUACAAAUAAAGAACUGUUUUGCCAGAAGUGGUAGUUUGUGAUCAGGAAAUUUUGGAGGCCUUUGCUCAAAGCAAUGGUGAGAGUUCGGGGAGAGCCUGUGCUUCCUAAGGUCAAAUGUCUGGGAAUUGUUUGAUCAUGUUCUGGUGCAGAUUUUUAUUCUGAAGCUUCCUUGGUUCUGCAGUUGGAAGGCUGACUCAGAGAACGUGAAUUGGUGCUUUUCCCUUUUUUGCUGCCAUACUCACUUGCAGUCUUCGUCAUCAAGGGAAACCUAGAAACCACCAGCUGUCAGGGACAGAUGCGCUGACGUCUGCUGCUGGAACACCGUGGUACCCGUGGUACCCGUGGUACAGUCAGAGGCUUCCGGGAGCCACUGCUCAUUCACAGUCAGCUGGGUGGUGGUGGUAGAAUCUGCAGAGGUCUGUUCCUCCUGGGGAUGUGUCAUGUGCUUCCUGUUGUCACUUAGCUUCUUGGUUCAGAUGGCUUCAGCAGCCUACUUGGGAGGAGGGGAAGGUGCUGGAACAGCCAGUAAGAAGCCCUCUCCUGGGAGGAGAGGUGGGAGAGGCUGUCUCAGUGGAGCAGAGGAAGACAAGUCGGGAGUGCAGGUGAGGCUGACCUCCCACCACUCUGUGCUGGGCGGACUAGGAUGCCUAGGAUACCGUGUUGCCUUUCCUUGCCUUGGACUUGGCAAACCUGUCACACAGCCUGUGGACCAAAGCUGACGAAUUCCCCCACCGUGAUUGUCAUGGUGGGCCUCCCCGCCCGGGGUAAGACUUACAUCUCCAAGAAACUGACUCGUUACCUCAACUGGAUCGGUGUCCCCACGAAAGUGUUCAACGUGGGAGAGUAUCGCCGGGAGGCAGUGAAGCAAUAUAGCUCCUACAACUUCUUCCGCCCUGACAAUGAGGAAGCCAUGAAAGUCCGAAAGCAAUGUGCCUUAGCCGCCCUGAGAGAUGUCAAAAGUUACCUGACCAAGGAAGGAGGCCAAAUUGCUGUUUUCGAUGCCACCAACACUACCAGAGAGAGGAGACACAUGAUCCUGCAUUUUGCCAAAGAAAAUGACUUCAAGGUGUUUUUCAUCGAGUCUGUGUGCGACGACCCUUCCGUUGUUGCGUCCAACAUUAUGGAAGUUAAAAUCUCCAGCCCGGAUUACAAAGAUUGCAAUUCAGCAGAGGCCAUGGAUGACUUCAUGAAGAGAAUCAAUUGCUACGAAGCCAGCUACCAGCCCCUCGACCCCGAUAAAUGUGACAGGGAUUUGUCGCUGAUCAAGGUGAUUGAUGUUGGCCGGAGGUUCCUGGUGAACAAAGUUCAGGACCACAUCCAGAGCCGCAUUGUAUACUACCUGAUGAACAUCCACGUGCAGCCACGUACCAUCUACCUGUGUCGGCAUGGUGAAAACGAGUAUAACCUCCAAGGCAAGAUUGGGGGCGACUCUGGCCUGUCCACCAGGGGCAAGAAGUUUGCCAAUGCCCUGAGCAAGUUUGUGGAGGAGCAGAACCUCAAGGGCCUCCGGGUGUGGACCAGCCAGCUAAAGAGCACCAUCCAGACAGCCGAGGCCCUGAAGCUGUCCUAUGAACAGUGGAAGGCACUCAACGAGAUCGAUGCCGGCGUGUGCGAGGAGCUGACAUAUGAGGAGAUGAAGGAUACCUACCCUGAGGAAUAUGCGCUACGUGAGCAGGACAAGUACUACUACCGCUACCCUACAGGGGAGUCCUACCAGGACCUGGUCCAGCGCCUUGAGCCAGUGAUCAUGGAGCUUGAGCGGCAGGAGAACGUGCUGGUCAUCUGCCAUCAGGCUGUCCUGCGCUGCCUGCUGGCCUACUUCCUGGAUAAGAGUGCAGAGGAGAUGCCUUACCUGAAAUGCCCCCUUCACACCGUCCUGAAACUGACACCUGUUGCUUAUGGUUGCCGGGUGGAAUCUAUCUACUUGAAUGUGGAGUCAGUGAGCACACACCGCGAAAGGUCAGAGGAUGCAAAGAAGGGACCUAACCCGCUCAUGAGACGCAAUAGUGUCACCCCACUAGCCAGCCCCGAGCCCACCAAAAAGCCUCGCAUCAACAGCUUUGAGGAGCAUGUGGCUUCCACUUCUGCUGCCCUGCCCAGCUGCCUGCCCCAGGAGGUGCCCACACAGCUACCCGGACAAAACAUGAGAGGCUCCCAGAACGGCGCCGACUCCUCCCGGAAGCACUGAAGCAGACGCAUCCAGGUCCAUCCCCACACCUUAGCUUAUGACCUCCCGCCAACCUGAGGUCAAAUUGAUCCCAUGGACUUUCCCUGGGACGGGGUGGGUGGAGCAAAGAGGCGUCUGCUUGCUCAAGAAAAGCUACAUGCCACCACAGCAUCGUGGUUGGGGUGGCCGAGACCCCAGAAAGUCCCACUGAUUCACGACUUCCCAUGUCAAGCUGCCGGCUGCCCCACCCUCAGAGCUCUCAGAAUUUCCAGGGUGUCUGACCUCACUGAGGAUGGUGAGAACUGGAGAGGGGUGAGGGAUGAAAGACCCCGGCUCAUUUAGUUUCUGUGAGCUUCUUGCCCUGUCAUGUCAGUUGCGGAUGAAGACACAGGGCUGGUGGAGCACCCUGCAAUCACAGGAGGGCCAGAUUAUACAUGCUGAAGGUCAAGGGACACUCAAAGACUUUUCACAUAGCUCCUUCCGGCCAGGGAAGGUGCCUCGUGGAGAAUGCACUCUGGCUUGUGCCAGGUUGGGGAACAGGGCUGUCUGGAGAAGUCCCUGGGUGUAAGACUGGCCUGCCUGCCUGCCAAGUGUUGAAGCAGCUUGGCUCUUCCGCACAUCCACAUGCCUGGCUUCAAGAACAAACUGGCUGCACAGGCAGAAGGAAACCAUUUCUGUCAAGAUGGACUCACCAGGACACCCCUCCCCACAGGGAGCCGUGAGGUCCCCCUGCUCUCCUCUCUGGACUCGGGGGUUACAGGAGAGAAUCAUUCUCCCAGAGCUGCUUGCUUUCGCACUUUGUUUAUCGGUGGUCUUGAAAGUGUGAUCUGGAAGUCACACCUCUGCAUGAACCUGGAUGUUGGGUGCUCCAGAUAGAGGCCUGUGGGGGCUCGGAGCCUAUGAUUAUGGGGAGUUGGGUGCACCCAUCAGUUGGGAAAGCUUGGAGUAGAGCGUUGAAAUCGCUGCGUGAAGAAGCUCCUACAGGACUGACUGCCUUUCCCAGGUGGGAACCAUGGCCCACCCGAGCAAGGCCUCAAACCAGGGUACUGUCUUCUGCAUGUAUUUGUGGUACAGCAUCUGCCAUGGGCCUGGUGCUACACCAGGGGCUUUGGAAAAUUCAGAAGGGUAGAAUGGUGGCCUGGUCUGGCUUUGCCUUCAUGGCAUCUGUGAUGUUUUUGUUGGGAUUGAAAGCGGGGUGCACAGGACAGUGGUUCUGAGGACCUGUAGUUUCUUCCUGUGGGUUUUGCCUCACGUGCCCGGGCGGGAGGAGUUGUCUUGGGCCCAGAAGUAACACUUUGGAAACUCAGGAUAUCUCAUAGCUUCCGAGUACCAAAGGUGACUUUUCUUCUCUGCCUUGGACUGUGCAAAGGUACAAGUCCUGGGCUGAGAGUUCAGGUCAUUGAGGACUUUGAACCUGGGAGUAGAGAGAUGAACGUUUUUUGUUUGAGGGGAAUGCUUCAAGUAUACACAUUUCUCUGAUUGGGAGAUGGGGACAUGGCCUCAGGUCCCAUAGGAUGAAGCACUUGGUGUUUCAAACCAAAUUGUGCAAGUCUUCCCUGCUACCCCAUCCAUCUCCCUUAAAUGGGUUGUCUGCCCCAGAGCCUGUCUGGGUCUGCAUCCUGGGCCAUGUAACAAUUGGGUUGUUUCCCCCGCACCCCCCCUCCCAGACACAUGAGUCUAAAGACCGGGCAUAUUCAAGACAGGAGGCAGGGGCCUGCCCAUUUGCUCUUGAGAAUGGUUGCUUACAUGUGACUUUUGGGUCUUGUGCUGUAGUUGUUGGAGCUGAUGCUUUGAACCUGGGUA